AGGUUGACCACUGCUGCCCCGAAACACAGGACGAGAUCAACAGAUUCCGAGCGACCUCCUCCUGUCAUUCUAGCAGUCGACCUCUUCACCCGCACACAAAGUACGAAACCAGCCGCCCGGCUUUUUGACCGGGCCAACGAGCAAUUUCCCUUGGACGAGAUCGACCCUUCCGUAAGCCAUCCUCGGUUCGCGGACCAUUGCCGACACAAUGGCCGCGCGAAAACUACAACAAGAAGUCGACAAGUGCUUCAAGAAGGUGGCCGAGGGUGUCGCCGAAUUCGAAGCCAUCUACGAGAAGAUUGAGCAGUCAACGAACCAGGCGCAGAAAGAGAAACUAGAAGACCAGCUCAAGCGCGAGAUCAAGAAGCUGCAAAGGCUGCGUGAUCAGAUCAAGACAUGGGCCGCCAGUAACGAUAUCAAGGACAAAGCGCCGCUCCUGGAGCAGCGUCGCCUAAUUGAGACGCAAAUGGAAAAAUUCAAGGCGGUCGAAAAGGCCAUGAAGACCAAGGCGUACUCGAAAGAGGGGCUCUCUGCGGCUGCCAAGCUGGACCCUAAGGAGCAGGCCAAGAUGGACGCAAGCGACUUCUUAAGCAGCAUGGUCGACGAACUGGAGCAGCAGAUCGAGACCCUCGAGGCCGAGAGCGAAUCAAUACAGGCAACCAUGAAGAAAGGGAAGGGGCACGCCGCCAAGGCGGAGCGCAUAGCCGAGAUCGAACGCAUCAUCGAGCGGCACAAAUGGCACCAGGGAAAGCUAGAGCUGAUCAGGCGCUCGCUCGAAAACGGGGGCGUCGAGGCCGACCAAGUCAACGAGCUGGGGGAGAACAUCAAGUACUACGUGUCGGACGGCAUGAACGAUGACUUCAUGGAGGACGAGACUAUGUACGACGACCUGAACCUGCAGGACGAGGAAGACCAAUACGGCAUGAAUCUGGACAACGACAGGGUAUCCUCCCAGGACACCCAGUCGAUACAGGACGACGCGGUUGCCGAACCCGAGCCGAAGCCAGCGAGCGCGCCCGCUGGUAAGCAAAAGAGUGCGGUGGAUGCAGUGGCGGGAUCGGCUGCCCGGCGGCCCUCGACUCAGCUCAAAUCACCCCUUCCCACGCUCGCAACGGUCCACAGCACACCGCUACCGACUCUCAGCAGCAACAAUGGCGCCUCGGCCAAUACUGGCAUGAAGCCGGCAGCGCCGCCGGUCAGGCUCGCUGGCGAAGGCCUGAAAUAUGCCAGCGCGGCAGCGGCAGCGGCGAACAAUGUCGGUAUCGCCCCAUUACCCCCGCCGCCAUCAGCGACACCAAGUGCGGGCGCCCAGGCCAGAACGAACGCAGCGGACUCGCCAGGUGUUGUAACGGUACAGCCGGUGUCACACGUCGCCAGCACAACCACCGCACCGGCAGGAAGCUCAACACCGGUCCCUCAGACGAGCAAGGCAGCGGCAAAGGGCAAGGCGGUGGCGCAGCCUGCCGCCGUGGAUGCAGCCGAAUCUGCAAAAGCAGCGCAAACAAACGGCGCGACCAAUGGUAUCAGGCCGGUCGACGAGGCGGACGAGGAACCAGAGUCGAUAUACCAUCUGCCCGCGUCUCUGCAGGAUUUGGUCGAGUCAUUCGAGGUGACCAAGAAGCGGCCCGCGCCCCUAAACGCCCCCACAACGCAAAGGAUGCAAGCCUUAUCAGAGGCGAGCAAACCGGGCAUCCUGGACGCCGAGCCGCCACGAAACUACCAGCCCGACGUCAAGUUCCAGACGCAUACUCGAUUCCCUCAGGAGCCGCUGUCCAUUUUCGACGAUCCGCGGCUCUAUUCCCGGAUUGAUCCGGACACGCUCUUCUACGUCUUUUACUACAAGCAGGGCACGUACCAGCAGUACCUUGCGGCGCGGGCGCUGAAAGAUCAGAGCUGGCGGUUCCACAAGCAGUACCAGACUUGGUUCCAGCGGCACGAAGAGCCCAAGUCCAUCACGGAGGAGUUUGAGCAGGGGACGUACCGCUUCUUUGACUACGAGAGCACAUGGAUGAACCGGCGUAAGGCUGACUUCAAGUUCGCGUAUAAGUUCCUCGAGGAUGAGGUCUGAGUGCGCUCCUCCGUGUGCGGAGGCGGCAUCCUUCAGGUCAAGGAGCCAGGCAGGCGGGGGAGGAGGACAAGGCGGCCUGGUGAGUAGGUAUGGAGUAUGCUUCGGUGUUCGGUAUGAGUAAAUGGCAUCCCUUUCUGGGGCAGGACCCGGCUGGGUUACGGUACGCGGCCGCGUCACCAGUUCUCCCUCCGAUGGACGGCAAAAGACAAGACACAACGUAUUGCCUCCGCCGAUUAUCCCUUCCCAGUGGUUUACCUGAAAGCUGUGCUGUGUCGGUCGGUCUCCCAAAGUUGGCUUGCCCGCCACUUGCCCAGCUGCCGCUGUCGUGCAGCCUGAAUCGAUCUCUACUAUGACAGGAAAAGAGCAAAGAAACGGGAACAAAACGUCAGGAAGGAGGCGAAUGUGUCGCUGAUAGCGGACCCAUGCAAAGCGGAUUGAAAUUGUGCUGUUUGC